CUAAAAUAUAAAAAAUCACGGCACAGUGACAAUCAUAAGCGACAACAAAAUAUGUGUCAGCACUUUCAAUGAUGCCCGAAGAAAUCGACCGUCGUGCAAGAAACAUCUUUUUGACUUCCAGACCACUGUCCUGUGAAACAUCUAUGAUCAACCUGGCCUUCCUAUAACGGGAAGAGUACAUACUUGAUCUUAGGUUUAAGCAAAAGUUAUGUCCUUCUUAUAAGGACUCUUACAGACCACUGCCUAAUUGGCUUAUAAACUAACCCCCACAGACACCUCGAACCAUUGCAAGAAGAAAAUAUACAACAUCUCUUUUGGUAUGGCCCGGCUUUAAGUAAAAGAUGAAUAUAAGAGCGUUAACAAAGUUCAUAGCAUCAAUAAAGCGGUUUGUACCAGAGUGAAGGUAUUGGCCCAAUGCACGCUUGCUUUGCUUGCUUUGCUUACUUUAGUUUGCUUUGCUUUACUUUGAAGGCUUUUAUGGCCUAAUGGUAGCUUUGAACGCUGUCAUAGUAGUCAGCUGAUUUUCAAUGCGCGCAAAUAUACCCGCCAUUCUUUGUUGUGCCAGCAAGUAUAAUUAUACCUUGCUUUUUUAUCGUUCCGGUUUUGGUGAAGCUGCAUUUGGCUGCGCCACUCACCACCCGUGUUUAUAAGACGUAAUAUUCAAUUGGAGGUAAAAGAGUUUAUAUUAAACAAUUAUUUGUUGCUAACAACAUUAUUUUUUUUCAGAUACCUUGCUUUUUAUCGUUCCGGCCACCAGAUUCGUUGGUUUUCAUAAAGUUUCAUUUGGCUGUACAAAAUGUUGACUCGAAAUGCUGAACAAGUUUUGAGAAUUUUCCUAAUUUUAGCGAAAAUGCGUAAAUUAAAACUGCGAUUAAAACAGAAGCGCCGAUUUUGGGUUCGGAAAUUGUACUUAGAGCGACACAAAUAUGGAUUGUUUGAAAGUUCAUUAAGAAACUUGGCUGCAGAUGAGGAGCAGUUUAACAAGACAUUAAGAAUGCCCUUUUCGUUAUUUAAUGUGCUGCACGAAUUUCUGGAGGCUUCGCUGACCAAAUAUUCAAUCAGAACACCAAUAUCGAGUCGCUGCAGACUAUUUAUAACCCUGAUAUAUUUGGCUCACGGUGGCACUCGGCAAUUCCACACAAUAGUUCACAGGAUCGGCCUGACGACUUUCAGGAAGAUUACGUUGGAGACAUGUAUGACCAUAUGGGAUCUGUUAGCUGACCUGUAUGUGGCGACCCCGUCAGAAACGGAAUGGGGACGUAUUUCCAAUGAGUUCAAGUCGCUGUGGAAUAUGCCCAACUGCGUUGGUUCCAUCGACGGAAAGCACAUUAAUAUUACCUGUCCAGCGAAUUCAGGGUCGAUGUACUAUAAUUACAAAGGCAAUUAUAGUAUCGUGCUUUUGGCCGUAUGUGAUGCCAAUUAUACCUUUACCUGCGUUGACAUCGGAGCAUAUGGAAGUCAAAGCGAUGGCGGUGUCUACCACUUUUCAAAACUGGCAGAUGCUAUUGAAAAUGAUAGGCUCGGCCUUCCACAUGAUCAGCCUCUGCCAGGAGAAACCGAGCCAUUUCCACAUUAUUUAGUAGGAGAUGCUGCUUUUCCCUUACGGCGUUAUUUAAUGCGACCAUAUCCGGGUAGAGGUAUUCCAGAAGAGCAAGAGUAUUUCAAUAAAAGACUCUCUCGUGCAAGAAGAGUUAUAGAAAACGCAUUUGGAAUACUCACUGCCAAAUGGAGAAUAUUGAGAACGACGCUAUGCAUGGCCCCGAAAAAUGCAGAACAAAUAGUGAAAGCUUGUAUUGUCUUGCAUAAUUUUAUUAAGCUUUCGUGUGCAAACUAUGUAGCAAGCGAUUUUGUUGAUCGCUACGAAGAGGAUGCCACCAUCGCUGGCUCAUGGCGAAACGAAGUAGUUCCAUUGCCCUCAAUAAGUAGGGUGUCAUCGAACCGAGGCAGUUCAAAUAAUUAUGAUUUAAGGGAUGCUCUGAAGACACAUCUUUUUAACAAUAAAAUUUAAAUAAUUACUACUCACUGAAUAUGCUUUGUUUUUAUUAUUUAAGAUAGAAAACAAAAAUUUGAACUCACAGUAUGAGGGCACUUAUUGGUAAUGUUUUAAAUGUCGUCACAUCUUUCAGGUUUUUAAAUUAAUUUUUGUUCAAGGUAAGUAUGGCGUUAACAUAACAUAUAUUUCAUUCAGUCUUUUAAGUUAAAACCGUUUUACACAGUAUAGUGGUUACAAACAAUAUACCUUUCAGUCUUUUAAUUGUUUUGUUUCUUUUUAAGGUACAUACAGUGGGCAAACAAAUUAUAGCCCCACUAUAUUUGACAAGUUUUAACAUAUUAUUUUUUAAUUUUGACUUUUUUAUAAAACGGAAUUUUUUACACGGGCUUUGU